GAUGUUUUCGUGAUGACGACUUCCAAAGCAUUCGCCGCGAUGCUCGCAACGUCUUGGAGACGGCUACACAGUCCGAGCCAUGCCAUGGAGGAAUAUUUCCCGAGAACGUUGCUAUGGAUGAUCUCGGACCACCAGUUCUCGGACCUGCACACAACCCGUUGAAUUUGUGGACAACGUGGAUAAGCGCGAGCUCUCGUAAUGUGGCUUUUAUUCCACCGGAAGGCGUGGCAGCGUUACCAGCUUCAGCCGGUGACACCAGCAAAGCUGAUUCCUGGGCACUCGGAUGUCUGACCAUUUGGUUCAUCAACAUCGACCAGCCGUUGGAACUGGUCCGGCAUAUGCGCUAUGCCUCCGGUGUCGAGGUGUUUCACCUGGAACAACCGCUACUGCCGAGACUGCAGGCACUGUAUGCUCCGACGGGGCAGCAUAAGAACAUGGUCAUCGGCCCAAAGAUCAAGCUGAUUAGACCGGUUCCAUCUGUCUGUGAGGACUUUUUGGGUCACUGCUUGGAGCUGGACCCGGCGAAACGAUGGAGUCUGCAGCAGUUGCGUGCUCAUCCUUUCCUGGAUUUGACUAAAUCGACGGAAGAGUUGUUCACAUUAGAAGCCGAGCUUUUUAAACAUAGGCUGUCCUUUAAGGAGGUGUUUGAGUUAAGGAACGUGAGGAAUCAUCCGGUGCUAAAGAGCGAUGAUGCAGGGCUGCCGCAUCAGCAGGGUGAACUCGUCCAAAAGCUUCCCGGUAACCGUCCGCCGCGGAUGGCAGAUAUCUGGCGUUUUGCAUUAUAUGGAAAAGAGGAGAGAGAGUUGCAGGAAAAACGCGCUUUGUGGUGGAAGGCUUUUGGCCAGCUGGUUAAUGCGCUGACUAUGGAAGCCAGCACGGAAGAAUGGGCUAGCAUUUGCAGGCGAGGAUUGCAAGAGGGAAGCAAAAACAUUGUGCAGCACUUUGGCCGGCAGUUGGUCGAAGCAAGACACCUGGCUUUCCCAAUGGAGAUACAUGUCGUUACGGAGCAUUGUACAGGAGGUUCGUUCAAAGAUGCAGCUGAAUAUGCGCUGCCUAUCGAUAUCGUUGCUAAGUGGUCUCGGGAAGUUCUGCAGGGUCUCAAGUAUUUAUAUGGACACCGUAUCGUGCAUCGCAAUAUCAACAGCAGCAUCAUCCUCUUCAGCGAAGUUGGUUUCAAGGGAAUCAUCAAGAUCGGAGGCUUUCAGUAUAUGCGGCAACUGGAAAAGGACCGCACUGAAUGUCACGAAGUAAGCGCCCGGCCCGGACAGGACGGACGGUUCGCCGCUCCGGAAAUUGUGAAUUCCUACACGGGGGAUGUAAACGUGGGAAGGAAGUGUGAUAUCUGGAGCCUUGGAUGUGUGGUGCUGCAUUUGUUAAGCGGUGAACCACCGUUAUACACCGGCGCAAAGGAUCAGCCCAUGUUAACGGAAAUGGCGAUUCUUUAUCAGCUCAACAGUGCCAACAAGAAGCUGCCUCAAAUUCACGACUGGAUACCGAUCAAGGCCCGGGAAUUCGUUAGGACAUGUUUGAAGUUCGAUCCGGAGGAACGACUAGCCGCUGCCGAGCUUCUUCAAAAUUUAGAAAACGAAAGCCUGGGGCAGGAUACCCCUGUGUAUCUCGCAAAUCGUAAGGGCGAGCAACUUCCUGUUGAUGUUGUGCUGCAUUGGAGAAACUAG